AUUUCGUAUGAUUUGUGUAUGAAUAGUUCAAUGGUUGUGGCCGACUUGUUUGAACUUUUUAGACUUUCCCAGAAGCUUCAUUGCUAAGAAAGUUUGUGCUUCUUCUCCCAGCUUCUCUUCUUCUUGAUAAGAAUUGAAUACAUAAGUCAAACCUCGAGCCACUCCCAUUUUACUCGGAGGCAAAGAAAGUUAUCUGCAACCUUUCUUAGAGUUUGAGCUUUUCUGUGUGUUCAUUGUCUUUUCAUUCUUGCAAAUAACCGGUUUGAUGAUUCUACUCAAGUCUCUAUCUGGGUAUUUGAAGUUUUGCUCUUAUUUCUUUUAAAGCUUCAAUAUUUAGUGUCGAACUUUCAUAUCAGAGUUGGGUUUCUUGAAAUAUAGAGAUUCUGACCGGAUCUUGAUAGAUUAGUUGUUCCUAUGGAUACCCUUCAAAGAUAUUCUGUUCCAGGGUUCAAAUUAGACCAUGUCCCAGUUUCUGUCUAUCCAAAUUCGAAUCUUGCAAAUGGGUUCAAAGAAAUUCAUGAAUCCUCUAAUCCUGUUUUUCUUGCAUCCAAAUCUCACCUUUCUAGUGAUUCAAAUAAUGAGAGUUCUGAGGUAGAUGGUGUUGAUAUCAAUGACUUCAACAAUCCUGUACUCAAGUACAUUAGUGAUAUUCUUCUAGAAGAAGACUUAGAGGGUAAACCCUGCAUGAUGCAGGACUGUUUAGCCCUCCAAGCUGCUGAGAAGUCUUUCUAUGAUGUCCUUGUUCAGAAGGAUCCUCCUUUUCCCAACCGAUCCUCUAGUUCUGUGCAGCAAAGCUUUGAGAGCUCUGAUGAUGAUUUCCCACAGAGUUCUCAAAGCAGUAAUCGCAAUUGCUCUUAUGCUGUUGAGACUGAUUGGGUCUGGGAUCCAGCAUUCUCUCCAGUCCAAUCUUCUGUUUUUGAGUCUUUCUCGAGUACCCUUAUGGUUUCUGAUUCAUUUCCUAAGAUGCAAAGUCUUGGGGAAUUUGGAGGGGUGGGGAAAGCAAGCAAGUUUCUUUCGAAUACGAAACUUGAUAUGUUUGACUCAGAGAGGUUUCAACUGAUGCCUCAAGGUUCAGUGGGAUCUGAGUCAGGGGUUGAUGGCUACAACUCAACAAAUGAAACAAGGGGAAAGAAGAAUCAUCAAAGGGAGGAUAGUCAUUUUCCAGAAGAAGAGAGAAGCAGCAAGCAGUCAGCUGGUAAAGGGGACGACUUUGAGCCACAAGAAAUGUUUGACAAGGUUUUGCUUGGUCCUAGUGAGAAUUAUGAUUCUGAACUUUGUGCUGAUUAUGAUUCAUUGAAAACUGAAGGAGAUGGCAAGUUGCAGCGUAACAAGCAAUCUAAAGGAUUGAAGGCAAAGCGUCAGAGUAACAUAGGUGAAGUGGUGGAUUUGUGCACAAUGCUUACUCAGUGUGCACAAGCAGUGGCGAACUUUGAUCAGCAAACUGCAAAUGAACUACUCAAGCAGAUAAGGAAGCACUCAACACCCCAUGGUGAUGCAACCCAGAGGUUAGCUCAUUACUUUGCUGAUGGCCUCCAGACACGCUUGGCUGGUGCCAAAACCCCAUCAUAUUCGCCUCUUGUAAGUGUGCAGAUAUCAGCUGCUGAAAUCUUAAAUGCAUACCGGGUAUAUAUCACAGCUUGCCCUUUCAUAAAGAUGUCACACUUCUUUGCCAACAGAACAAUUAUGAAACUUUCAGAAAAUGCAACCAGGCUUCACAUUAUUGAUUUUGGUAUUUCUUAUGGAUUUCAAUGGCCUUGCCUGAUUCAAUGUCUGUCCCAAAGACCUGGUGGACCUCCUAAGCUUCGUAUCACGGCAAUUGAGCUUCCCCAACCAGGUUUGCGACCUACAGAAAGAGUUGAAGAGACCGGGCGUCGCUUAGAAAAAUAUGCCAAGAGAUUUGCUGUCCCAUUUGAGUACAAUAUGAUUGCUCAGAAAUGGGAAACUAUACGGAUUGAAGACAUCAAAAUUGACAGAAGUGAGUUGAAUGUGGUCAAUUGUUUGUACCGUUUAAAAAACAUACCAGAUGAGACGGUGAUGGCGAGUAGUCCAAGAGAUUCUGUUCUUAAGUUGAUAAGGAAUAUUAGUCCAGACCUCUUCAUUCAUGGUGUUUGUAAUGGUACGCACAAUGCUCCGUUCUUCACACGAUUUAGAGAGGCACUUCUCCACUACUAUUCACUGUUUGAUAUGUUUGAGGCGACUGUCUCUCGUGAAGAUGAACUUAGGUUUAUGUUUGAACAAGCAAUAUAUGGUAGAGAUGUCGUCAAUGUAGUAGCAUGUGAGGGAGUGGAAAGAGUUGAAAGGCCUGAAACAUACAGACAGUGGCAGGUCAGGAAUGUGAGGGCUGGAUUCAAGCAGUUACCAUUAGACCAGACUCUUUUGAAGAAAGUGAAGACUAUGUCAAAAGUAAUGCGCUAUCACAAUGAUUUUAGAGUGGAUGAAGAUGGACAUUGGAUGCUGCAGGGUUGGAAAGGAAGAAUCAUCAUGGCUCUUUCUUUUUGGAAGUCUACCUAGGAGUUUGACAUUGCUAUUUCUUUUGUUUUAGGAUAAAGUUUGUUUUUGUGUUAUGAUCACGGCUUAAUGAAGUGAUGGUAUAUGUCUAUUCCUCUCCAUGACUGAGAGUUUGAUUUAGGAUUUAUUCUCUUCAUAUCAGGCUAUCUGCUAAUUCUGCUUCUUUGCAAGCAACAAUCUCGGUCAAUUAUCUAAAAUUGUACUCGGGUGCAGAAGUGGAGCCAUGUUGGAUAUUGGAUACGCUGGUAAUCGAUACUAAUUAUACGUCUAGAAUUCAUUUCUUUUUAUUUAUCUGAAUUGCUUUUGUAUUCCUUGGUCUCCCUAUUAUACAUAUCAUCAUAUUAAUUAUGCCAUUGUAUA